GAGAGCGCUGUGCAGUCAAUCCAACACGCUGGCUGCUCCUCUGUUUUCUUUACUGUAAUUUGCAAAAGUACCUGACUGCCUGUAUCUAAGUCUAAAAAAAUACAAGUAGGAUAUAUCUUUCUUUUUUUUUCUUUUUAACUUUAGUUACCAAUCAACCUAUUCAAGAUGACAAGAAUUUUGACAGCUUGCAAAGUGGUGAAGACUUUGAAAGACGGAUUUGAGUUUUGCAAUGUGGCUGCUCAUCAUCACUGGCGUUUGGCAAGGACUGGUACCAGAUUUUUAAGUGUCAAGGCACAGACGGCAAACUUGGUGCUAGAUGAUGGAACGAAGAUGAAGGGUUAUUCUUUUGGCCAUCCAUCGUCGGCAGCCGGUGAAGUUGUCUUCAACACUGGUCUUGCUGGGUACACGGAAACCCUGACAGAUCCCAGCUACCGGGGGCAGAUUCUCACCAUGGUUAACCCCAUUGUAGGCAAUGGUGGGGUGCCAGACACCGCUGCCUUGGAUGAAAUGGGCCUCAGCAAGUUUUUAGAGUCUGAUGGAAUCAAGGUUUCAGGUUUGCUGGUGCUGGAUUACAGCAAUGACUACAGUCACUGGCGGGCAGUCAAAACUCUGGGACAGUGGCUGCAAGAAGAAAAGGUGCCUGCUCUGUGUGGGAUUGACACAAGGAUGCUGACUAAAAUCAUUCGGGGCAAGGGCACAGUCCUGGGGAAGAUUGAAUUUGAAGGUCAGCCUGUGGAGUUUGUAGAUCCAAAUAAGCGGAACCUGAUUGCAGAUGUUUCAACCAAGGAAGUCAAGGUGUAUGGCAAAGGGAAUCCAAUUAAAGUUGUAGCUGUGGACUGUGGGUUAAAGAACAACGCUAUCCGUUUGCUAGUAAAGCGAGGCGUGGAGGUGCAUUUGGUCCCAUGGAAUCAUGAUUUCACCAGGAUGGAGUAUGAUGGGCUUUUUCUUUCCGGCGGCCCUGGAGAUCCAAUGCAGGCCCAGGAGCUGAUUCAGAAUCUUAAGAAGGUCUUGAAGAGCGAUCGCAAGGAGCCAUUGUUUGGAGUCAGCAUGGGGAAUCUGAUAACUGGAAUAGCAGCUGGAGCUACAUCCAACAAGAUGCCCAUGGCCAACAGAGGUCAGAAUCAGCCGGUUAUGAACCUGUCGAACGGACAAGCUUUCAUUACAGCCCAGAACCAUGGCUAUGCACUUGACAGCAACACCCUUCCUGCUGGCUGGAAACCUCUUUUUGUGAAUGUCAAUGAUCAAACAAAUGAGGGAAUUAUGCACGAGACCAAACCAAUUUUCACAGCACAGUUUAACCCGGAGGCCAGUCCGGGGCCAACAGACACAGAGUUCCUAUUCGAUUCAUUCAUUUCGCUGAUCAAGAAGGGAAAAGGUACAACUGUUGCCUCAGUGCUGCCCAAGGCCACAACUGUAGCUUCUAGGCUUGAGGUUUCCAAAGUUCUCAUCCUAGGAUCUGGAGGUCUGUCGAUUGGUCAGGCGGGGGAAUUUGAUUACUCUGGGUCACAGGCUGUUAAGGCCAUGAAGGAAGAAAAUGUGAAGACUGUCCUGAUGAACCCUAAUAUUGCCUCAGUCCAGACCAAUGAGGUUGGCUUAAAGCAGGCCGACACGGUCUACUUCCUCCCCAUCACCCCACAGUUUGUCACAGAGGUCAUCAAAGCAGAAAGGCCAGAUGGGUUAAUUCUGGGCAUGGGUGGCCAGACAGCUCUCAACUGCGGAGUGGAGCUGUUCAGACGAGGCGUUUUGAAGGAGUAUGGAGUGAAGGUCCUGGGGACGUCCGUCGAAGCCAUCAUGGCCACUGAGGACAGGCAACUGUUUUCUGACAAGCUGACUGAGAUUAAUGAGAAGAUCGCUCCCAGCUUUGCCGUGGAAUCGAUUGAAGAUGCUUUGAACGCAGCAGAAAAGAUCGGCUACCCAGUCAUGAUACGCUCUGCCUAUGCUCUGGGUGGACUAGGGUCAGGUAUAUGUCCUGACAAAGAGAGACUGCUGGAUCUUGGGACCAAGGCAUUUGCAGUGACCAACCAAAUUCUAGUGGAGAGGUCUGUUGUAGGCUGGAAGGAGAUAGAGUAUGAAGUCGUGAGAGAUGCAUCUGAUAACUGUAUCACCGUCUGUAAUAUGGAAAAUGUUGAUGCUAUGGGAGUUCAUACCGGAGAUUCCAUUGUAGUGGCUCCCAGCCAGACACUGUCCAACGAGGAAUUUCAGAUGCUGAGGGAAAGUGCCAUUAAGGUCGUCCGACACUUGGGCAUCGUGGGGGAAUGCAACAUCCAGUAUGCCCUGCAUCCUACCUCCCUGGAGUACUGCAUCAUUGAGGUCAAUGCCAGGCUCUCCAGAAGCUCUGCCUUGGCAUCCAAGGCCACAGGGUACCCAUUAGCAUUUAUUGCUGCCAAAAUCGCCCUGGGGAUCCCCUUGCCGGAGAUCAAGAAUGUAGUAUCAGGAAAAACCUCUGCCUGCUUUGAGCCCAGCCUGGAUUACAUGGUCGCCAAGAUACCUCGCUGGGACCUGGACCGCUUUCAGGGCACCUCUAGCCAGAUUGGCAGCUCCAUGAAGAGCGUGGGAGAGGUCAUGGCUAUCGGGCGCACCUUUGAGGAGUGUUUCCAGAAGGCCCUGAGAAUGUGCCACCCGUCUGUGGAUGGCUUCACAUCACGUCUCCCAAUGAAUAAAGAGUGGCCGGCCAACUUAGAUCUCCAGAAAGAACUGGCUGACCCCUCCAGCAUUCGAGUCUAUGCAAUGGCCAAGGCCUUGCACGACGGUGUCCCCGUGGAUGAUAUUCACAAACUCACAGCCAUUGACAGAUGGUUCAUCUAUAAGAUGCGGGAUAUUGUGAACAUGGAGAAAAGCCUGAAGGAACUCAGCAGUGAGUCAAUUCCAGAAGAAACAAUGAGGAGGGCCAAACAGAUCGGCUUCUCGGAUAAACAGAUUGGGAAAUGCCUUGGAGUGACCGAGGCCCAGAGCCGGGAGCUGAGGCUGAAGAAGAACAUAAGACCUUCAGUGAAACAGAUUGACACGCUGGCAGCAGAAUACCCUGCAGUAACGAACUACCUCUACGUCACAUACAACGGGCAGGAGAAUGAUGUAAAAUUUGAUGACCAUGGAAUGAUGGUGUUGGGCUGUGGACCGUAUCACAUAGGCAGCAGCGUGGAGUUUGAUUGGUGUGCUGUUUCCAGCAUCCGCACGCUGCGUCAGCUGGGCCACAAGACUGUUGUGGUGAAUUGCAACCCGGAGACGGUGAGCACAGAUUUUGAUGAAUGUGACAGACUGUACUUCGAGGAGCUGUCAUUGGAGAGGAUCCUGGACAUCUUCCAACACGAGGAAUGUGCUGGCUGCAUUAUCUCUGUUGGAGGGCAAAUCCCCAAUAACCUGGCAGUGCCAUUGUACAAGAACGGAGUUAAGAUCAUGGGCACUAACCCUAUGCAGAUUGACCGAGCAGAAGACCGCUCCGUAUUCUCAGCUGUUCUGGAUGAGCUGAAUGUGGCUCAGGCACCCUGGAAGGCAGUUAGCACUUUGAAAGAUGCUGUUGAAUUUGCAAACUCUGUGGGCUACCCAUGUUUGCUGAGACCUUCUUACGUUUUGAGCGGGUCUGCAAUGAACGUGGUAUUCACAGAAGAGGAGAUGAAGAAGUUCUUAGCAGAAGCCACCAGAGUCUCCCAGGAGCACCCAGUUGUACUCACGAAAUUCAUCGAGGGAGCCCGAGAGGUGGAAAUGGAUGCUGUCGCCAAGGCUGGAAAAGUCGUCUCACAUGCUAUCUCUGAGCAUGUGGAGGAUGCGGGAGUUCACUCUGGAGAUGCCACCCUGAUGUUGCCCACGCAGACUAUUAGCCAAGGAGCCUUGGAGAAAGUGAAAAUUAUCACCAAAAAGAUUGCACGUGCCUUUUCCAUCUCUGGCCCAUUCAACGUUCAGUUCCUGGUCAGAGGAAACGAUGUCUUGGUGAUAGAGUGCAACCUGCGGGCUUCACGCUCCUUCCCUUUUGUGUCCAAGACUAUUGGCGUGGACUUCAUUGAUGUGGCCACAAAGGUGAUGAUUGGAGAAAAGAUCGAUGAGUCAUCCCUGCCUACACUGGAACGGCCCAUUAUCCCUUCUGAAUAUGUCGGGAUUAAGGCUCCAAUGUUCUCCUGGCCCCGACUGAGAGAUGCUGACCCUAUUCUCCGAUGUGAGAUGGCUUCCACUGGGGAGGUUGCUUGCUUCGGGGAGAGCAUCCAUUCUGCCUUCCUGAAGGCAAUGCUCUCCACAGGAUUUAAGUUUCCACAGAAGGGAAUUCUGGUUGGAAUCCAGCAUUCCUUCCGUCCCAAAUUCCUUGGUGUAGCAGAGCAGCUGCAUGAAGAAGGUUUCAAGCUUUACGCCACAGAAGCAACUUCCAACUGGCUCAAUGCCAACAGCGUACCUACAACUCCAGUGGCCUGGCCAUCCCAGGAAAGCCACACUACCAACCUCCCCGCAAUCAGGAGAUUGAUAAAAGAUGGGAACAUAGACCUGGUGAUUAACCUCCCCAACAGCAACACCAAGUUCGUCCAUGAUAAUUAUGUGAUCCGCAGGACGGCUGUUGACAGCGGGAUUGCUCUUCUCACUAACUUCCAGGUGACAAAGCUUUUUGCUGAAGCCAUCAAAUACUCUGGGAAAGUGGACGCUAAGAGUCUUUUCCACUACAGAAAAUUAAAUACCAGCAAUCCACCAUAGAAGAGGCGCCACCAGCGUGAAAUCCAAGUCUUCUCACACCAGGAUAAAGGAGGAAUCCCAAUCCUGGUUGCUGAGACCAUCUGUCCAGCCCAUAUUUGGUUAUUUACAUUUGUUUCCUAGGAUCUGACAUUUUUAUCUUUGUAACUUACAGAGGAGACACAGUAACUCUAUACUAACAAUUCCCAGUCAGCCUCCCCGCUCAAGAUGUUUGUUGGAAAACAUUAUCUAUUCCUUCCCUGUUUGAAGCUCAUAUUCACUACCCGGUAGAUUGGUAGAUCCAGACCCUACUAUGCUGGAGGAGACAGAAGAAAAAGUAUAUGGUCCUACACAUCGGUGGUUAACUCUGUCUUUUUAUAAUAAUUCCUUGAAGGUUCUUUCUGUGUUCUCCUUAGACAGUCCCUGCCACACUCAGGGGCAAGUGCUACACCCCACCCCAUGGAACUGUCACAUAGUUUUUGUCUGUUCCCUAUUGUUGACUAUCAACAUCUUUGUGACUUUCUCCUUUAUAAUACUCAAACCUGAUGCUAUUGCAGUUGCCUGCCAUAGUACAGAGCAGCUGAAUACGUUGAGUGUGACAGGAGCUCUUUAAAGUUAAAACACAAGAAUUCACUGUUAUUCUCCGACAACAAAUGCUGGGCAUGCAGCUACUUUUUGUUUGUUUGUUUUAAUCCUGGCAGAGUGUCAUCUUUUCCAGUCUGCAGAUUUGAUGGGGGGUUGUGCUGGAAUCACUUCUGAAUUCUGUUCAGUCCUUAGUUUUUGAAUUUGGUUUAUUAUACGAAUCCUGGACCGCUACCAGCGCAUCACAGGGUUCUUUCUCCAUCUAAUAUAUUGCUUCAAAGGAGGAUACUCCCAAAAUGCCACCCUGCUCGCAAACAUUUUGGACUGUAAUUGUGAACAUUAAACUGGAAUACUUUCAAAAUGA